AUGAUAAAAGCUAAGCUCAUCAAGGCAGCAUUAGUUAGUUUGGGGAAAAAUCCACUACUGCGCUACUCUAGCAUACUCACUGCCUCAGUACCUCGCAUACUGGGGUUGCUCAGGACGUCAAUUCUGGACCAAGGCGACACAUGCACGACUCGCCAUGGAGACUGUCUCAGACUGUGUACUUACAACGCGAGAACAGUUUCCACAGACGCUGACCUGCAUGCCCUUCUCGGAGCUGCAGAGCGUAUCAAAUUUCACGUGAUUGUUCUGCAGGAAACCAAGUGCAGAAGGAGUGACGUACGACAGAUGAAUGACGGUACACUCGUCAUUCGUGGAGAGAAGAUCCUGUCACCUCGUCUGGCCAUUCUUCGUCUUCGCCCUCUGCGCCAAAAAUCCAUCAGUAUCAUCAACUGCUACUCACCAACAUCAGCAGCUGAUGAGUCCGAAUUGGACGCGUUUUACGAGGAGCUGGAGGAAGUAAUCUGCAACGAGAAGUCGUACAAAUUCGUUGUCGGAGACUUCAACGCAAAACUAGGAAAGCCCACAGAAGAGGAAUACAGGAUUGGAAGAUUUGGGCUGGGGGACCGGAAUGAAAAUGGCAAUCGUCUCGCCGGGCUGUUGUCCGCCGCUCGUCUCUCUCAUGGGAACUCUCUUUUCAUGAAAAAAGAUCAUCGUCGGUGGACACGGGAAUCGCCCAAUGGCGCGACUCGUGGGGAGAUCGACCACAUAUUCAUCAACCGGAGGUGGUGUCUACUUGACUUCUCAGUAGUACCAUCCUUUUGUAGUGGUUCUGAUCACCGUCUCCUUCGUGCGAAAAUACGACUUAGCCACACGAUGGAAAAGAACAUCUGCUAUCGGCAACGAAGGAGGAAAGAAGUCGUCUACGACGAUUGUGUACUCGAGGACUCCUUGUCCCGAGGUGACUGGCACAUCGAGGAGGAGGAAUUGUUGGAAAGAAGCAAUACUUUGAGGCUUGAUCCGAAUGCAUCGCACAUUGAGCGGUUAGUAGCAAGCACUAGCUGCAGAAAGGCGCUGCAGGAGGAUCUUUUGAAGUACAGGCAGAAGAAGAUUCUCGAAGCAGCACAAAUAAGAAGGAGUCUAAAGAAGUGCCGCAGGGAUCUCCGCGAAUAUAAUAUUCCGCUAGCAACCUUGCUGAGCGAAGACGGGACCCGCACGUCUUCUCGUCGUGAGAUGGAAAUCAUUACGGAGAGGUUCUACUCGAACCUUUUCCGUUCAUCAACUCCCGUGUCAAGCCCAAUCAUCCCCACUGGCGAAGCUCCACCACGGAUUCUCUCUUCGGAAGUACGAGUCGCUACCAAGAGCAUGAAACCUGGCACAGCCCCCGGACCUGAUUUUAUAUCUGCAGACUUUCUUUGGGCUGGUGGCCAUCCGCUUCAUGUAAUCUUAGCAGCACACAUGACAUCCUACCUUCAGAAAGAAAGGAUCCCAGACCAGUGGAAGACCUUGCGAAUCGUUCUUAUCCAUAAGAAAGGUGAGCGAGAGGACCUUCGGAACUACCGUCCGAUAUGCUUGCUGAGCGUGUUAUACAAAGUAUUCACCAAGAUCAUCCUCACGCGCAUAUCUAGGACGCUGGAUGAAGCCCAGCCUCAAGAACAAGCUGGAUUCCGCCAGGGGUUCAGCUGCUUGGACCACAUCCAGACCGUGUCGAGGGUCAUAGAGGUUUGCCGGGAAUACCGCCUGCCCCUUGUUCUAACCUUCGUCGACUAUGAGAAAGCCUUUGACAGCGUAGAAACGAAUGCAAUACUGUCAGCGCUGGUCGAUCAAGGUGUGGACGCGUCGUAUGUGAGGACAUUAGCCCAUUGUUACGAUCGAUGCACGACUAGGAUACAGCUUUUCCACCGCCCUCUCACCAUACCCAUUGGAAAGAGAGUACGACAAGGCGAUACUAUAUCGCCGAGGCUGUUCACGGCUGCAUUGCAAUGGAUAAUGAAAUCACUAUCCUGGGAAGAAAGGGGCAUACGCGUUUAUGGAAGAUUUCUUUCGAACCUUCGUUUCGCGGACGACAUCGUUCUCUUUUCGAGCAGUACCAGUGAAGCAGAAACGAUGCUCAACGAAUUGAACGAAACAGGGAAGAGAAUGCGACUACGAAUAAACAGAAAAAAGACACAGUUCAUGAAGAACGCCUACUGCGAGGACAAAGGAGUACAACUUGAAGGUUCCCAAAUCGUGGAAACUUCGUCAUACGUAUACCUGGGACGUUCUAUGAACAUGGAAAACGAAUUGAAGGAAGAACUGAAUAGAAGAAUGAGAGCAGCAUGGGCAGCAUUCGCAGCCGUCAGGGAAGCUACGGACCAACUGACGGACCAAGAUCUUCGUGCCCAUCUGUUCGACUCGACAGUCCUUCCAGCGCUCUGUUACGCAGCGGAGACGUGGACAGAUACCGCGGCCACGUCUAGGAAGCUACUUACUACCCACAGAGCCCUUGAGAGAUGUCUCCUGAAGUUUAACCGGCGCACACAACAUCUUGCCGGUCUUCAUAGCUCCGACUUAAGAGGAAUGUCCCGUCUUCGCGACCCAGCGGAAUAUGUAUCGAAAGCAAAACAUGAAUGGGUCGGUCACAUCAUGAGAAGAAUCGACGAUAGAUGGAUUAAAAGAACGCUAGAGUGGAUCCCAAGGGACGCUAAACGCCCCCGAGGGAGACCGCCAACGAGAUGGGGUGACGUGUUCGCUGCACGGAUGGACCAGCUGAGAGCUCAGCUGGAUACGGCUCAAGGACCUCGUCAACGUCACUUACGAAGCUUGAGAACAUCUUGGAUGACAAUGGCGAGGGAACAAAACGAGUGGAAGAGAUGCUGGGGUCCGCACGUCCAGUGA